AUGGUUCGGCAAAACCAAAAAAACGAAGCAGACAACCCCGAGACACGGAUUUCAGGGUUCUGGCUCCAAAGAUCCGGGUCCCUCCUUGCCUCCCUCUCGUGCCGCUUCUUCACGGACCUGAUCUCGGCUGGAUCUGACCAAGAACGAUUUCUCCCCCGGCCCAUCGUUUUCAUGCUUGGACGGCCGACGGAGGUCGGGAACCUUUGUCGGUGGUGGUACGGCAUCCUCACAGGCGCUGUACCGCAUGGAAUGCACAUGGGACCGAUCGGCUCAAACCCAGUCGCCUGGAAUAUUGACAUGGCGGGAUGGAUCCGUCAUCCACGAAUGGACGUGCACAUCCCGCAUCGCCCGUCGCAAACGGUGCCGCUCCCAGCUUGUUCCCAGCCCGGUACGCACGAGGCAAGCAUGGCAAGCAACCACCUCGAGGCCCAUCUUGAUAUGCUAUGGCCGCUACCAGCUCCGCACGCGGUAGCCAUGCUAUGUCAGGCCCUGCUAAUGGUGCCCACCUUCACCACCACCUGCCCUACAGUGCCUCCCACCAAAGGGCAGUCCGUCCACUGCUGUUCUCUCUUCAUUUACAGUACACAACGGAGUACGGCUACCAACUUGAGGCUUGAGUUUCGAGGACUGACACCCUGGUCUGACCACUGGACCAUCUUUAGAUUCGAUGCUGGCUCUGUCACUCUGGCCGCCGUCCAACCGGGAUGA